CUCCGUGAGGAGAGAAGCUUCGAGAGCGAGCGCAGCCGAACAACGGAAUCUAGCGAGCAGGCGCGUGCACGUAGGUCUGGAGCUCUGAUACACACAAACAGACGAGCAGACAUCAUGCCUGCGGCCGCCGCUCACGCCGAGCCUGCUCUGACGCAGGUGGACACACUGAGUGACAGCACCAGCUCCACCACUGCCAAUGACCUCGACCUCAUCUACCUCAAGGGCAUCAUGGAAAGUCCAGUGAAUCCCGAGAGCCCGCAGGAACCUCGUCUGGAGGCGGUGAGGGACCAAAACAUGGAACUACUGCAGGACAUCCUGAAAGAUCUGAGACCCAUCUCAUACCGAAGUAACACGGCUGCUGAGCUCUCAGAUAUCCUCAAGCAACCUCACUUCCAGUCUCUCCUGGAGACCCACGACUCGGUGGCCACCAAGACAUCCGAGACUCCACCACAGAGCCCGCGGGCCAUCGCUGAGCCCAACCUGCCACCCGUCCCCACCGACACCGUGCGCAUGGUGGGAAUCCGUAAAGUGGCCGGCGAACACCUGGGUGUGACGUUCCGCAUCGAGAACGGCGAGCUGGUGAUCGCGCGGAUCCUGCACGGCGGGAUGAUCGAUCAGCAGGGGCUCCUGCGCGCGGGGGACAUCAUAAAGGAAGUGAACGGCAAGGACGUGGGGGACGACCCGCGCGUUCUCCUGGAGAUGCUGCAGGAGUCCAGCGGCAUCGUGGUGCUCAAAGUCCUGCCCAGCUAUCAGGAGCCCCAGCCGGCCCGACAGGUCUUUGUGAAGUGCCAUUUUGAUUACGACCCGGCCACCGAUAACCUCAUCCCCUGUAAGGAGGCCGGCCUGCAGUUUAAUAGAGGGGACAUCCUGCAGAUCGUCAACCAGCAAGGCAACUGGUGGCAGGCACGGCGGGUGGAAGGAGGGAGUGCAGGGCUCAUCCCCAGCCAGCUGCUGGAGGAGAAGAGGAAGGCUUUCGUAAAGAAUGACAUUGCCCUCCCACCAGCAGGUGCGCUGUGUAGUGGCAUCGGAGCAAAGAAGAAGAAGAAAAUCAUGUACCUGACCACCAAAAAUGCAGUGUUUGACGCGCACGAGCUGAUGAUCUACGAGGAGGUGGCACGGGUGCCCCCGUUCAGGAGGAGGACGCUGGUACUGAUCGGGGCUCAGGGCGUGGGGCGGCGCAGCCUGAAAAACAAACUGUUGGUUUCUGAUCCGCGGCUGUUCGGAACCACCGUUCCAUACACGUCCAAGAAACCCAAAUCCGGCGAGAGGGAGAUGUUCGCCUUCACCACCAGAAGCAAGAUGGAAGCAGACAUCAAAGCGGGCCGUUACCUGGAGCACGGCGAGUACGACGGCAGCCUCUACGGCACCAAGAUCGAGUCCAUCCAUCAGGUGGUGGAGGCCGGGCGCUUCUGCAUCCUGGAUGUCAACCCUGAGACUCUGAAGAUCUUGAGGACGUCGGAGUUCCUGCCGUACGUGGUUUUCAUGGAGGCUCCAGAGCUGGAGGUUCUCAGAACCAUGAACAGAUCUGGAUUCGAGGCCGGAGUCGUCACCAAACAGCGAACGGAUGCUGAGCUGAACAGGACCAUUGAGGAGAGCUCGAGGAUUAAGAAGGCGUACGGACACUACUUCGACCUGACCAUCGUGAACGCCGGUCUGGAUGGAACCUACACCAGCCUGAAGGAGGCCAUGAGGAAGCUGAACGGAGUUCCACAGUGGGUUCCUGUCAGCUGGGUGUUUUAAACGAACUGUUACUCUCA